AUGGCACAGUCUCACGAGGAAAUCUUAGAGGUACUCUUGGAAGCUCAGAAUGGACACGAGCUAUCUAUCAUAAAGCUCAGUGAGCCUGUCUCUGGGCAACUGAAGCAGAAUCCGGGGGAACGAACUUCCGACGUCUCGGCGGAUGUAUUCGACAACCCAACUCCUGCAAGUCUUGAAGCGGACCUGUCGCAUUACAAGGAACUCUUCUCCAAACUUCGGUUCUCCUACCUUGAACAAGUCACCAAAGAGAAAUUCAUACGCGCCAUUGUAGGAGACCCACCUUUAGUCGUCGAGCAUCAGGAGAACGUCGAAUUAGAAGCAUCUCUUGCUGUCUCAAAGGCAGCCCUCAAGUCCCAGAAGACUGAAGUAGCAGAUUUGGUGUCCGAAUUGGAGAAGAGGGGUCGGGAGCUAUGUAAGAAGUACGAGAAUAUACGGAUGCAAACCUCGCAGCUACAGAAACUGCCACAAACAAUCCAAGGCCUCGAAGCUAGUAUCAAGGAGUUGAGAGCAGUGCAACAUCCAGGAUCGAACCCGAGACUGAAUAUGCCGUUAGAGAAGACGCUCGCGGCUGUUGAGGAGCGUGAGAGGGAGCGUGCUGAGCUGGAUAGACAAUUGGAGCAGUUGCAGGUUAUGGUUCCGAGAAAGACGAAGGAGUUGGAGAGAUUGAAUGCUGAGUUGCAGCCACUAGAGGCUAAGAGACUUGGCAGUACUGCUUCGGCGAGGGAGGCAAAGAGAAGAAAGGAGGAAGCUCUGGGGGGCGUGGGUGAUGAUCUUGAAGAGCGAGGCAGAUGGUGGAGAGGAGUCGAGAGUGGAUUGAAGGGCAUGCUGGGUGUUGAGAACUGA